GGCACUCCUUUUAUUUUGCGCCUUCUUGGGUUAAGCAUUUGAACUCGGCGAUCCAACGCCGUUGGAUCGACCGGCGGAAGUUGAAUGCACGAUGCAGCGGCUGCGGAGUUCAGGGACCUCAAUUCUGGGUUCAUUUUCAGCACCGAAUGUUAAGAGAAAAGCUCAAAACUCAUGGGCUGCUGUGCAGGACACUUAUUUCUCAACCAAGGAUACAUUUGAGAGACAUCGUGUGGUGUUUACAGUUGGUACUUCCGUAGCAUCAGUCGCCACAGCUUGGAUCGGGUAUACUUUACGUCAUUUGCGUGACAGCAAGGUUGAUCAAAGGCUUGAAUCGAUUGAAAGAAUUAUGAAAAACAAUUAUGAUCUUGAACAUAAAGAAAUCCAAAGGAUUGUUGGUUCAGGAGGCCUCAGUGUUCCUGCUUGUGUUGCUACUGCAGGAACUACCUUAUUUAUUGGAAGAUAUUCCUCACUAAUGCUGAGAUUCAUGGAGCUAACGAGCCAAGACAUGACCAUGGAAUUUUCUAUGUACCAUGUAUCAUGCUUGGGAUCGUCUGUUGCAGGUUGUGUUGCUUCACCAGUGAGGUAUGGCUUGGGAUGGCGAAGUGGUAGCUGGUAUGCAAAUAGGAAGUUUAGAAAAGAGCAGAUGAAGAUGCUAGGACUGAUUAAGCCUAAAAAAUGGCAACUACUUGGGAAGAUACAACCCAGAGCGUGGCAAUUCAUUAGAAGACCUUUGAAGAGAUCCAAAGUACAAGAAACUGCAGUGGAGACCCCGAAUAAAUCAUCUGUUUGGCCAAAUGAGUCACAUCAGUCUUGCUAGGGUUGCGGCUGAAGUUGCUGUAUAGGCUUUGAAUAGUGGCGGUAUAGUUCCAAAAGGUUUUAUAGUUAACACUAAUAGUCAUUUUUAGCAUUAUAUGAAAAUUCAGGUCAACCCGUUCGAUUGAACUAGCAAGUCAUUAAACCAGUGUCUUAACCGGUUUAAUAAAAUAUUUUGUUCAUGACUAGUUUGAUUGUUGUUUGACUACAAUUUAAUCAUUAACUCUUGAAGUAGUAUUUUAACUGGUUCAAUUGACCAUUCAGUUUUCAAUA